AUGGCUGCCGGUUGGAUAGAUCUCCCUCAAGCAUGGAGGCUUCAAGAUGUACAAGCGGUAUUGAACGUCGUCAUCGCCACACUUAGCGCCGUUGCAAUAUUCGCCUGUGCUCGUUGGUGCUGGCAGUCCAGUCUUUCCGAGACAGAUCAGCGCAGUAUACCACUUAAAGAUUUGUUGACAAUCAGCACACUCGGCGAAGCUCUUGAUGUGGUCUUGCUCCUCAGAUGGAGAUCCCUUUCUGUUCGCCACUUGAAGUUGUUGGCACAAUGUAUUGUUGUGGUCUUCUUUUCCGUCGUCGCACUUGUGUCUGGAUCCGUUGCAUGGCGGUUUCACGAUUGUAUCAUCAGCACGCCGGUGACCUGGAACGCUACCUUCACGAGCCUCGACCGCGCAAGGUUUCCCCAUGAUCAACUCCUAGACUACGUACCCGACUCGACAGUCGACUGGCGAUACCGGGCUGAAGAAUGGAACUCGUCUUGGUCCUUCAACUGCUUACCGACAUACGAGACGGCUGUCAGCCUAGAAGACGUCAGCAACUGCACCGGUGUCAUGCCUGAUGAGAUUCCGGGUCUGCAGAAAAUCAUCUCUACGGACAAGUUCAACACCAGUAAUGAAGAGAUGGGCUGGUGGCACGGCGACUAUCACGAGGAUGAAGUGUUAAAAGAUGUGCUGAUGCUUGUCGCGGCAAUGAAGAAUACAGAGGUCGACGAGACAGGCGUCCAGGUCCGCGAGAUGGCUUUGGAGCUCGCUGCCGUGCACAUGCAUCACAUGACCGGAAAGCCGAAUGACGAGGACAAUGCUUGCGACUUCGGGAAAGGUCCGAUCCAAUCGGUGAGCUACACGAAGAUCGAGUGCACCAUCAGCCGAGUUUCGGGCCGCGUGGACAACGAGUACGCCGCCUUCCCCGACGGCAUGGUACGCAGCUGCUUGGCCCAGGCCGCCGUGCAGAAUUACCAGGCGAGGUUCAUCAGCGAGAGUGUCAACGGGAGGCGACCUGGUCUGGAUGCGAAAGACACGCAGAACCUCAUUAGCGUACCGAGGAGCAUCAGCGUGCGGGUCGACAUUGUGCAACUUUCGGCCGUGUUUUUGGCCUUUGCGCUGUCUGCCUUUGUGUUGAUUGGCCUGGGAUUGGCAGGGUAUGCCUACAGGCACACCAGGCACAAAGGUGUGCUUGAGAACAUGCCGCAGUCGAAACUCGAUUGGAUGAUUGAGACAAUUCAAGUGGGAAGACGUACUUCUGAGGAUGGUGGUCGUCAUACUUUUGCGUCUAGUCUCGUGAACAAUGCGAUGAAGACAGGAGGAAAUGGGAGGUAUGCGGCCAGAGAGAUCCAGAGGCUCGAAGAGGAGGAGGAGGAGGAGGAGGAGGAGGAGGAGGAGGAGGAGGAGGAGAAACACUCACUACCGUUCAUCGUCGUAAUGAGGUCAAUGGCCAAGGUGCUAUCAGUAGGUCCGCCCCUCGACUGGCCCCCUGAUUGUCUGGUCGAAUAACCACCUUGGCCCAUGGACGGAAGAACAAGCAGGGCAUGAUGUGGGAUGAAACCUUUACAAGAGGUUGGCACUGUCGGAGAGCCUGGAGGAACACCCAAUGAUACUCUCCACCCCUCUCCCUCCACGUUGGUCUCGAGGAUGAGGAAUGUGAAAGGAUUCGGACAGCGCUAUUGAAAAAAAAGCCAGGGCGACGGAACAAUCAAUUCGCUUUUCUUGAAAAUUUGAAAAAAAGCCCUUUGUUCAU